CUUACGAUAAAACAGGAUGUUUUAUCUUUUAAUAAUAUUAGUUCUAAAUUUCAAACAGAGUUACUCAAUUAAUAUAAAGUUCCAUGAAAACGCUAGAGAAGAUUUAGACCAUGAUCCUGAAACAAAACUGGAUACACUUCCUUUUAAGUGCGAAUUUAAAAACCUUUCAGACGUAGUAUGUUGCAGGAAACUUCCACAUAUUCAAGAAUUGAGACUUUUAAAAAAAAUUUGCAUUGAGCUCACUUAUGUAGGCAAGGAAACGAAACUUAAUCUGAAAUUUAUGGCCAACGGUAUAACAAUUUAUAACAGUGCAUUGUCAGGUAAUAAUCCUCCACCGGUGUGCCCCAAAAUUCAUCAUGGACUCUCCGUUGUGGAUAUUUGUUUCGAUUUCUAUAACGUUCAAAUCAAGCUUCAUAAGUUAAACGUUUGUUUGGCACUCAACCCAAGAGUUCUUAGGAGAAAUAUUAUGAACAUAAAUGUUGGAUGUUUUACUUUUUCAGGAUAAUCAGCAAAAAUGC